AUGUCCCAGUACAUUGGAAGAACCAUCUCUCUGAUCACCUCAAAGGGAAUCCGCUAUGUUGGAGUUCUCGCCGAUGUGAACGGUGAAGAAGCCACUGUCACUUUGAAGAACGUCAGACCGUUUGGAACAGAGGGAAGACUCGGCGACCCGUCAAAGGAAAUACCACCAAGCGAAGAAGUGUACCCUGUUGUGGUGUUUAGAGGCAGUGAUGUCCAGGACCUGAGCGUGCUGGAAGAUGAACCAAAACAAGAAACUGAAGAACCAAAGAGGGAAGAGGAAUCAAAGACAUUGCACGAUGGAUCAGACAUCGAGAUCCCACCAAGAAGACCGCCACCAAGACGCGUGAAACAGUCGGAUGCCUUUAGCGGCGCAGUGCCAGAUGCCAAUUUUGACUUCUCCAAGGCUGAUAUCAGACAAACACAACCUAGUAGUGAAGGCACAGAUAAUGACCUACAAAGACCUCAGGCUGAUCCCGAUGAGGCGCCUGCUUAUGAUAAGAAGAAGUCGUUUUUCGACAACAUAUCAAACAGUGCCACUGAACAGAGACCGCAGAGAGGCUACAACAACGGCCAUAGAUACAGAGGUAGGGGCCGUGGUAACGCCAAUGGGAACUACAACCGUCGUGCCGAUUGGUCUUGAAAUGUAAAAACGUAUCCAUUAUAAAAUUCAUCAACAAAAGGUGUAGACAUGUACUGGGCGUGUCGGCAGGACUAAUACAUAGUCUCAGGCUAAGGGUUUGGGUCUAAGCCCUAAGGAUUGGAAGAACGCAACACCAAAUUGUCUUCCAUUGCGUGCGACUUUGACCAGCCAUGGUCUAGCCAGUAUCAUUAGCGAUGAAAAUAUGAAGCCUUGUAUGAGUGGCAUGAAGAUCAAGUCCCUCAUUAUGACUUUUGUGAUCACCAUUGCGUUUGUAUAGCGGUCCACGGACUCUGUGGAUGCAUUGAUGCCAGCCUUAGAGUACUCGGUGUUCAGAGACUUUCUGAAUGAGGACUCAAACCGUAAAUCAGGAAUCGGGAUCUUGGACAUGUCUUGUGUGUUACCGUUGUACUUCGUCUUUGGGCCGUCCCUUGUCCUUGGUAAUCAGCGGCUAUUGGGGUGAAUGAGAU